AUGUCUUCGCCGGCGAUGUCAAGCAGCCGCCGCUUCAUCCUCCAGAGGAUGAUGUUUUCAUCGAAACCGUAUCCGAUUGGGAGGGAUCUUCCUCUGAAGCAACGACCCACUUUUAGGGGUCCAUCAUCAUCACUUCUAAGUCGAGUCAGGUUCCUGAUCAAUGACAUCUCGGAUCUCGACGUUGCAGCCAAGCACGCCCGUUUAGCUGCGAGGAAGAAGAUGAACCCUGAAAUAGCCACCUUAAUCAGCAAAACCAUCAUCGGAGCCAUGUGCAACGCUGGGAGGUCCGACGACGCCUUGGAUCUGUUCGAUUUGUUUUUAAACAAAUCCAAGAUUAAGCCAGACAUAGCUUGCUGCAAUUUCAUCAUCAAAUCCCACUGUGAGCAAGGCCGCCUUGACGAAGCUCUUGGAAUCUACUCCCACCUCCUCUCCAACAAACCUUCUCCGGACCACAACACGUACGACAUCUUGACCAAAGCCAUGGUCGAUGCCGGGAUGAUGGAUCAAGCUUUGGAUCUCUUGUUGAAAGGAAGGGCUGACUUGUCCAAUUUCGAAAAGCCAGGCAUGUACAUGAAUCUUAUUCGUGGCUACUUGGAACAGAGGAAUCUCGACAUGGCGUAUCAGCUCCGGGGCGACUUCAAGACUUGUUCCAUUCGCAAUGAAAUCGCAAUCUUGGAAUCAGUAUUCGUAGAGUAUUUGUUCAAGCAAGGCAAAGAUGAGGAGGCUAUGGAUCUAUACAGGAGCGCCGUGACGUUGAACAAGAACGGCUUGACAGAAAAUGCAAUUGUGGGCAAUGUGUAUUUGAAACUGUUGCUCAAGUACGGCAGGAAAACACAGGCCUGGGCAUUGUUCGAGUAUAUGCUUGAUUAUUACGACUUGUGCUACACUUGGGAAGAUGCAACAGAUGCUCUUAAUUUGAUGGUGAACGAGUGUUUCGAGAUGGGACGGUUCAGCGAUGCGAUGGACAUCUUCACCAAGGCCAAGGCAAAGGUUAAGUACAACUCGGUGCUUGUGGGAGUAUACAGGAACCUUAUUACAAGGUUGUGUCAGAAUGGGAGGCUGUCCGAGGCUGAGAGUUUGUUUGAUGAAUUGCUGAAAGAAGAGGUCUUGCCAGAUGAUGAAACUUAUAAAGCAAUGAUUCGUGCAUAUGCUAAGUCUGGAAGGGUCGAGGAUGCCGUUGAAACUGCAAACAAGAUGAUGACUUCUAAAGUCCACAAGGUUACUAAACUGUUUUUCUAG